AUCAAGAUUCUCUUUGGCUACAUCAACGGCCGUAUAAUCGAGCACAAAAUGGAGCAGUCCAAUUUCAAGUUCCACUCCGAGUCGCGGCUCAUGCCCGUGUUCCUGCGGACUAAAGUCGGGGGAUGCUGAGAUCCUCCUGCAUCUCCUGUGGCCAAAGUCCGCCUUUCCUGAGGAGGAUAUCUGAUGCGGUAAUCUCCGGUUAUGCAGGAGUUGAUGCUGUUUACGGACUUCACGAAUGAUAUUUUGUCAUAUUAUAAGGAGUUUAUCUUGCAUGGCGAGAGGGGGAACUUUGUGGAGAAUUUCGCGGAUACGCAUGGGAUGCAGCAGUUGGAUGUGUUGCAGCAUUUGACUGGUUAUACACCAAAGUCUGUCUAUUUGAUGCUCGACAGCAAUGAAGAUUUGUUGCAGACUGAAGAAUUUUGUCACGGGUUGGAUUAUGCUUUGUACGGCCCAUCGCCGGUAUUAUCUGGCCGAGUUUUCGAGGAUGAGCAGUACCUCCAACCGUACGAUGAGGAUGCAUAGAUGAACACUAUAUGCCAAUCAGUAACAUCAUUCGUUAGAGAUAGUUGAGCGAUUGCUAUGCAGACCAGCAUAGAAAUAUAGAUAAAUUUUUAAAUUCAAACCAUCUAUGUAUCUACAAAUCCAAGAAAUAAAACCAAUUGAACCAUCAGACCCCUUCCCUUUUUGUCCUCAUACAUCGUAAAACAUUUGUAUAAAUUUGCACUUGUCCCUCAGACCGAGUCCUUUCCUGGUAGAUGGAUCAAAUGGAUGUGCUGCUCUCUGCAAUUAUGUGCGAUCAUCCUACCCCUUUAUAUCCAAAUUAGACGUGCAGGGCAGAAGUCUCCGCCUUGGCUAAGGCGGCUUCGUACGGCUUGAGUGCGUUCUUCACCUCGGUUGAGACGAACUUCUCGACCUGCUGGGGGGCACGGCCAGUGAAGGUGCUGGGGUCGAGGAGGGCGUCCAAUUCGCCUAGGAUGGGGGCAAAAAACUCGGUGCGACGGAUACGGUCUAAGAGGUCGU